GGACCUGUGGUGGAGGUGUUGGUAACUGGAGACAGAGUAUGUCUUCCCUCCUGGUCCAGAGCAGCCAUGAAUGGCUUCCUUGGACAGCCCUGUAUGGUGUCAGGCCUCUUCUCUAGGAGAUGGUCACAUCUGGACUAAUCAACGACUACAAAAACCUCCAUGGCAGUGCUCCAGCCCCGGGCACCUCAGCUACUUCCCGGUGGCAGCCUCCCGUUUACCAUGGUGGCAGGACCUUUGGUGCCCGCUACCCUCGACCAAGUCGGCGAGGUUUCUCCUCACAUCAGGGGCCCUCAUGGCGCAAGAAGUAUUCUCUUGUGAAUCGGCCCCUAGGAACCUCUAGCCCAGCUACUGAUCAUACUGCUGGGUCACCCCUUACGACUGGGGGCAGCCAAGGCCCUGACUCCCAGCAGUAUGUCAUUGAGAGACAGGUCCAGCUCAAUCCAGAUCAGAACAUGGUCAUCAAAAUUAAACCACCACCACAGUCUGUCUUCUCCACUGCUUCAGGGGUUCAGCAGGGCUCUGUGGAAGAAUAUGAUGACUCCUCUAGGAGGGAUCAGAGACUCCAAGGAAAUGAGGGUGAGCCCUUGGGUGGGCAGCUGCAUCCCGCAAGGUCAGGAAAAGCCAAAACAGGCUACAGUGUGGAGGACUCCCUUCUUGUCUGCCAGAAGGAGCCUGGCAAGCCCCGAGUAGUGAAAUCUGUGGGAAAGGUGAGUGACAGCUUCCGAGAGCCCCGACAUUCAGUCAGUGAGACUGAAAUUGCCAUCAAGGCACACUUCCCAUCGUCUAUUCCAUCCUCUCACACUGGUUUGGCCCUGGGCACGAAGGUUGGUCCUCAUUUUACUGCCAGCUGUGCUCAUCAGCUCCUUGGGGACAAGAUAGAAAAUGCUAGCCACACACAUCAGCCAGCUCCCUCAAGCACAUUGGUGCCUUCAGCCAGACCAGCCUCAGAGAUCAGGCAGGCCAAUGACACCUCACUGCUAGUGUCUUGUCGAACCAACAAGUUCCAGAAAAAUAACUACAAAUGGGUGGCUGCCUCAGCAAAGAGCCCCCGGGCCACUCGGAGGGCUCUCAGUCCCAGAACAGCCGCGGAGAGUGUGAACAAGACCUCUUUUGGCACAGCUGGAAAGACAGAGAAGCCACAGCCCAGAGUUGACUUAGAGGCUGGGCCCGGGAAGUUGACCAUGCCCUCCAAGCCUGGACCCUCCCCCAGCAAGUACAAGUGGAAAGCUUCUAGCCCCUCUGCCUCCUCCUCUUCCUCCUUCCGUUGGCAGUCAGAGGCUGGCAGCAAAGAUCACACUUCUCAGCUCUCUCCUGUCCCAUCUAGGUCCCCACCAGGGGACCGACCAGCAGUGGAACUGAGCAGCUUGAAGCCUGUCAUUGGGGAGAAUGCACUGUCAGCUUACAAAGUAAAGAGUCGCACCAAGAUCAUCCGGAGGCGGGGUGGCACCAGCCUUCCUGACAAGAAGAACAGCACUUCAGCCGCCACCACCAAGAUCCACCUCAGCCAGCGACGGAGACAGGCCCUCCGGGGGAAGAGCAGCCCCAUUCUGAGGAAGACCCCCAACAAGGGCCUGAUGCAGAUUUCCAGGCACCGGCUGUGUGGCCUGCCACCAAGCCGUGCCCACCUCUCCAGCAAGGAAGCUUCUAGUGUGCAUCUUCGGACUCCACCUUCUAGCAAGGUGGUCAAGACGCGCUACCGCAUCGUCAAGAAGACUCCUGUGUCGCCUCUUAGUGCCCCACUGUGCACCUUGUCUCUACCCUCCUGGCGGUCCCGGCGGGUUGCACUUUCCAGGUCCCUGGCACUCAACCGCCUGCGCCCAGCUAUCACUAGUGGUGGGAAAGUCCUACCUAGCUCCCCUCGAUGGCGGAGCAAAGGCUACCGCUGCAUAGGAGGGGUUCUCUACAAGGUGUCUGCUAACAAGCUUUCCAAGACCUCCAGCCGGCCCAGUGACAGCAGCAGGGUCCUCCUCCGCCCAGGACGACUGGACCCUGCUAGCAGCUGCAGUCGUUCCUUGGCUAGCCGGGCCAUCCAGCGCAGCCUGGCCAUAAUCCGGCAGGCAAGGCAGAAGAAGGAGAAGAAGCGAGAGUACUGUAUGUACUAUAAUCGCUUUGGCAGGUGUGACCGUGGCGAGCAUUGCCCCUAUAUCCAUGACCCUGAGAAGGUGGCUGUGUGUACCAGAUUUGUCCGGGGCACGUGCAAGAAGACAGAUGGGACUUGCCCCUUCUCCCACCACGUGUCCAAGGAGAAGAUGCCCGUGUGCUCAUAUUUUCUAAAGGGGAUCUGCAGCAACAGCGACUGCCCCUACAGCCAUGUGUACGUGUCUCGCAAGGCUGAAGUCUGCAGUGACUUCCUCAAAGGCUACUGCCCACUGGGUGCAAAGUGCAAGAAGAAACACACCCUGCUCUGCCCUGACUUUGCCCGCAGGGGUGUUUGUCCCCGUGGCCCCCAUUGUCAGCUACUACACCGCAACCGGAAGCGCCAUGGCCGGCGGGCAGCCGCACCCCCUACCCCAGGGCCCAGCAGUUCAUCCCCCAGGAACAGACCCUCUCUUGGCCAUGGACCAAGGAAGCCCUCUGCUGCCCACCGCCCUGCUAAACAGAUGUCCAGUGCCCAGACCUCCAGGGCUGGGGCCACACCCUCCUCUCCUCCCUCCUCUCUCCCUUCCCCAAGAGUGUUAGCCUCUGUGUCAUCAAAGGCCACUGCUACCUCCUCUCCUUCCUCUUCCCCCUCUUCCAACUCCCCCACCCCUUCUCUGGAUCAGGAGGAAGCCACCUCCAGGACAGGUUCAGGGACAGGCUCCAGCAGCCUCUGCAAGCUGCCGUCCUUCAUCUCCUUGCAUUCUUCCCCAAGCCCAGGAGGCCAGACUGGGGCACGAGUCCCCAGGAGCUCCCGCACCAAGGACUCAGGGAAGCCGCUGCACAUCAAACCACGCCUGUGAGGCCCAGGGACCUGCCACGCGUACCUCAGGCCCUCACCCUGGAGAGGAUGGAGGCUAACCCACCACUGCUCCUCAGCAGAGACAGCCCAUCACCAAGCCCAGCCGGGGUGAGGGGCACACAACUUUGACUGCCUGGUUCUUAGCCUUCAGAGGCCCAUGUGUAGCCAGGGCCUCAUCUUCUUCCUUGGGGGCAGGUCCUUGCUCAUCCCCCAUCCCUCCUCUCCCUUCCUGGGUGCUUGGCCUCACACCUAGGACUUGUCCCUUACUUCCCACCCCUUGGGGUGCCAGGCGGGACUCAUCCCAACCUGUCCCCUGUGGUGGGUGUGGCAGCAGCUGUGGGACAUGUGCUCCCAGCUUUCCUCACUCAAGACUCCUGCCUGGAGAAGAGGCUACUGGACAGGCCUCCUGACAGGCAUUUUAUGUUCAGCAAUAAAGAUUUUAUCCUGUG